UUGGUUGCGGUCUGGGCGCUGCUACCCAAUGCUUUGCUGAUGAGGCUGCAGUUCUAUUUGGGAAGUUGGCAGCUUGAGGCGAGGGCUUUACUCUCGCGCUGGCAGUUCGACUCUGGAAUUAUGAACAGAGCUGGUCAAACCUACACGUUGUUUUGAAUUUAUUGCGAGAGAAUUGAGACCAUGGAGAUCGGAACCCGCAUCCUGUUAGCCUUCCUCGUCUGUCAGGUGGCCUGCACAGGAGCCCAGAAAAAAGCGGAGGCAAACUGCGUACCUGGUUUCCAGGUGAAGGAGUACCAGGUGGAGUACAACGGGGGGUUCCAGAAGGAGGUGCCGCUCCUGCAAGUGCACUUCGACGACUGCGCGGGCAACGAGGGCGUGCGGUUCGAGGUGUCGCACCCCGCGUUCGCGGUGGACGAGGAGCGGAAGCUGGUCCCGCGGGGGGACGUGGCGAGCAGUGGGACGGUCCUGUUCAUACACGGGUGGAACGCCCACGCAGACGACAUGGCGCAGGUGGACAUCACCGGCGCCCCGACUCAGGCUCCUCAGACCCUCAGGGAGAUUUUGGGUCUGGGACUGGUACUCAACAGGACCAAGAGGUCCCUGCUGGUCCCCCCAAUGUUCGUACCUGAAAACCAGAGGGCCCCGUUCCCAAAAUUCAUUGGCAUGUCGCAUGUGAUUUCGGCCGACAUGCAGGAGAACCACGUCUUCCGCCUGACGGGGAGGGGAGCGGACGAGGACCCCAAGGGCGUGUUCAACAUCAACAAGCUGACCGGGGAGGUCGUGGUCAGCCGACCCCUGGACAGAGAGGCCAUCGACGUCUACCACUUGCAAGUGUCCACCACAGACCCUACUGGGAAGACCGUGGAGGGACCGGUCUCACUGGACGUGUCGGUGAUCGACCAGAACGAUAACCGCCCCAUCUUCAGCGAGACGCGAUACGCGGGGGAGGUUCUGGAAGGUUCUCCCACAGGAACCACGGUGAUGACGAUGACGGCGUCGGACGCGGACGACCCCAACACGGAGAACGCCGUCCUGCGCUACAUCAUCGUCAAGCAGUCGCCCGACAAGCCUUCGCCCAACAUGUUCUACAUCGACCCCGAGAAGGGCGACAUCGUCACGGUGAUCUCGCCCAAGCUGCUCGACAGAGAGACCCUGCCCACCACGCAGUAUGAGCUGGAGAUCGUGGCGAAGGACAUGGCAGGGAGCGACGUGGGGCUCACCGGCACAGCGACCGCCACCAUCACCAUCACCGACAAGAACGACCACGCCCCCGAGUUCACCCAUUCGCUGUUCCAAGCGACGGUGAACGAGGGCUGGACGGGGGUGGUCCUGAACCUGACGGUGGACGACCGGGACGACCCGGCGACCGGGGCGUGGCGGGCGGUGUACUCCAUCAUUAACGGGAACACGGGCCAGAGCUUCGAGGUGCACACCAACCUGGACAACAACGAGGGCAUGCUGUAUGUGGUGAAGCCACUGGACUAUGAAAGCACAGCGUUCCACACUUUGCUGAUUAAGGUGGAGAACGAGGACCCGCUGGUGCCCGACGUGGGUUACGGGCCCAGCUCCACGGCGACGGUGCACGUCCGGGUGCUGGACGUUAACGAGGGCCCGGUUUUCUUCCCCGACCCCAUGACGGUGACCAAGCGAGAGAACGUUCCCGUCGGCAGCUUCGUCGCCACACUCAACGCCACGGACCCCGACCUUCUCCAGACGCAGUCUGUCAGGUUUGCAGUGCUGAGAGACCCCGCAGGCUGGCUCUCUGUUAACCCAGUCAGAGGCACGGUCAACACCACCGCCAUCUUGGACCGCGAGUCACCCUUCGUCCAUGACAACAGAUACAGCGCAGUCUUCAUGGCCACAGAUAAUGGUAGCCCUCCGGCAACGGGCACAGGGACGCUGGUCAUCGCCCUGGAGGAUGACAACGACAACGCCCCCUACCUUUACCCAUCUGUAGCACGGGUGUGCGAAGAUGCCAAGGACCUGAACGUGAUGGUGGUGGGGGGCAAAGACAAGGACAUUAGCCCCAAUGCUGCCCCCUUCAGGAUUGAGCUGGGAAAACAGCCAGGGCUGGAGAAGACGUGGAAGGUCACUAAGGUCAACAACACACACUCCCAGGUCACACUGCUGCACAGGCUCCAGAGGGCUAACUACAACCUCCCCCUGCUGGUGACAGACUCCGGCGUGCCCCCCCUCUCCAACAGCACCGACAUAAAGGUCCAGGUGUGCACCUGCAAGAAAAACAAGAUGGACUGCAGUGGCGCCAACUUGACCCGGUCCAGCCUGCUUCUGCUCAGCCUGGUCCUGCUCGCCCUCCUCUGCCUGUAAACUGCUUCUCUUCUUGUGACACUGAAGAAACACGUACACACACCCCAUCUGUCCCCUCCCUCCUUCCCCACACGCACUCACACCAUCAAAAUAGGAUGAAGGGAGAGAAAAGAAGGCUUCUUACCAUAAGAAAUAUAAAAACCGAUAUUUUAUCAUUUAGACCAUGGCCUUUUGAAGGGUCCUGUGUACCGAAUCUCCAGUCUGCUCUCCGAGUGAGCCUCUUCGCUUUUGUGCCUCCUUUUUCUCCCUUCCCUCCCAGUGCCCCCGUCCUGCCAUCGAUUCGUUCUUCCCUCCUUCCCUUCCUGUCACCAUUCCCCCCCCCUCCAAAGUGCCCUACCCUCUCCCUCCCUCCAUUCCUCCUUUCCUCCCUCUGCCCCCCGUCACCAUCAGCGAUAUCUCUCCGCCCCUCUGUGAAAGGACUCCGCCCAGCUGAACUACCUUGCCCGUGCGAACCUCCCAUCCUCUCAAGUCUCUCUCUCUCACUUUCUCUCUUUGUCUCUCUCUCAUUCUCUCUCUCUCUCUCUCUCUUGCUCUCUCUCUCUUUCUCUCUCUGUUUUACCGGCUGGUCAAGGAAACUACACAGAACUCCAAGCUGCCAAAAGCAGGAAGCGAGAGACUGUUUCUGGCGUAUGUCUGCAGUUUUAUUUUUCCUCACAGACUACUGUGUUUGAUCUCAUUUUCUAUUCUAAAACGGAAGGAUAAUAAAAAAGAGCCUCGUAGGUCUUCGGUCGUGAUGGUUUUUAAAGGCUAGGUGGUGAAACGAUGUCUCAUGUGUGGUAUUUAUUUUACUUUUUGUUUUGUUCGUUUUAUUUUAUCCGGCGUCGGUUUGUUAUUGAGUGGAAUACUGCAUAGCUUCUAUAGUAACGGUGUGAAACCUGAAGAAAAAAAAAGAAGUACACUGUAUUUUUUUCUUUUUUUACUAUGUUAAAAAAUAUAUAUAUAUUAAACAUUGUGUACUAUGGACUGCAGACUAGUCACCC